AUGAUGUACCAUGAUAAAUCUGUGAGUGACACCAACCGCAAACCUGAAAUCAUAGAGUUCUACAACUCAACCAAAGGAGGCGUAGACUCUCUAGGCCAGAAAUGUGCUGUGUCUUCCUGUCAAAGACGAACACGAAGAUGGCCCAUGGCAGUAUUCGGCGCUAUUCUAGAUAUUUCAAGAGUCAACAGUUAUGUGCUCUUGAAGACAUCUAAUGAAAACAAGAAGAUGACAAGAAGAGAAUUCACUAUAAUGCUGGGAAAAUCACUAAUCCAAGAACAUUUGAAGCAACGGCUACGUAACGGCAAGUAA